UAGCGCUUUGUGUCGAGAAACGUGUCACGUGUUGGGAGGAAACUUGGCUCUUCGGCCUCUCACUUACAACUUGAGGCAAACGGAAGAUCUGCACGUGGAGAUGUUUACCUCAGAUUAAAUCAAAGGGUUACAUUGGCUGCUGAAAAGAAACCACACAACAGACACUUGAAGCUCUCCAGAACUUCAGUUCGAUGCCGCUCCCGAACGAGCAAAAUUGACCAAUGCUUUAUUUGGGAGUGGACACGCUGUGAGGCAGGCUCUAGACAGCCAGCCAGGCUUCGCACAUGAAUACAAAGCGACUUCAACGCAUAAAAGACCAUCUUCUGGCAGAAAACCAGUGUUCAGACAUGGCCACACCUCAGGGGAGCCCCCUCACCACUCAUGUGUUGAAUACAGGUGAAGGGGUCCCAGGGGCCCGAAUGGCCCUCAGCCUACACCGACUGGAUUCACACCUGGCAGUCUGGAACCUACUCACCACAGGGACCACUAAUGAUGACGGCCGCUGUCCAGACCUUAUCACCAGAGAAGCAUUCACUCCCGGGAUGUACAAGAUGCGAUUUGAAACUGGGCAGUAUUUUGAAGGCCUGAGUCAGACGUGCUUCUACCCAUAUGUGGAGAUUGUCUUCACCAUAACCGAUCCGACUCAGAAGUUUCAUCUUCCCCUGCUCCUCAGCCGGUUCUCCUACAGUACGUACAGGGGGAGCUAGAAGCAGACGUCUUUCACAGCUGCACCCCGUGAACUGGACUUUGGAGUCUCUGAUCUUCAUUUUACGUGUGCCACUCACUAUUUGCCACCUCUCCACUUCUUAAUGUAGUGCUAAUCUACUCUGGGUCCAGUUCAGACUCAGAAGAUUUUCACACCAGCAUUUUUAAAAUUAUUAUUUUGCUAAAUUGAAGUUACGCUUGAUUUCUUAGCACAUAUUCAUGUGGGUAUCUAUGAUAUUGGGAGGUGCUUCCUUUGCACGUAUUGGAAUAUGUACGUUUUCUCAGGUUGAGCACCUGCCCAUGAGUGAUCUCAAAUACUGGUACUACGAUUCCACUUGCUCUGCAUUCCUAGUAUCGCCUACUCCUCAAAACGCUGAUGACGCUAAUUAUGGAAACCAAAUUAAAUUAAAGUGCUCAUGAAAUCAA